CCCAUCACCAAUUCACCAUCGCUAGUUCGUCCAGUUAGGACUUAGGAGACGUCCAUCCACAAGAAGAUGGAGAAUCACCUGGAGGGAGGAGGAUCUACGGCCGUCAUCCCGCUCCUGCAGGUUGCGUGUUUACCGGCUGGCCGCUUCGCGCUUGUUCGCGCUUGUGGCGCCCCUGCGACUAUCAGCAUCAGCAUCGGCGACCAACACAGUGAGGCGAAAGCCGACGAGGAUAAGCGCGAGAAGGCCGUGAAAGCAAAGAUCUGUCUCGAGCCGGACGAAUACCUCACCGGUAUGAAAGGACAUGUGGGCGAGUUUGGUGGCUCUUUCCUGGUCGGAGCGCUUACUUUAGUUGGCAACCGGCGCUCCUUCGGACCAUACGGGACACGGAAAGGCUCGCCGUUCGAGCUGCCUGCGGUGGGGGGCAGAAUCGUCGGCUUCCACGGGCGCUCCGGAGGCCUCCUUGACGCACUUGGCAUUUACGUCGAAACGGAUGACUAAACUCUUCUAUAUCCGUGAUGAUUGAUCCUACCAUGUGAACAGAUUUAGACGUCCGCACUAUUGUUAACUUGAACAAAGCUAUCUUCAUUGUGCAUGUUUGUUAGCCUUGUGCUUCUUCUAUUGAUGAGUUUCAUUGCCAAAUUUACUUCUCUCAAAGUAACAAUGAGGAUGAAUAAGAUUGGCAGUCUGCUGUUUAC